CUUAUAUAUUAAAUAUUAAUUUGUUCUUACAUUUGUUUUCCUUUUCUUCGAGUUUUCCUCUCCGAUGUCUUCUUUGUUCUUUUCACUGUCCCAACAACUGUGAUGGCUAGCGAGAAAGAAAUAAAGGAAAUAUAUGAAAAUGGAAUGAAUAUUUUGGAAGAUUUAACCAACAAUGUUCAGGAAAUACAAGAACAAGUGUUGCAGGAGAUACUGAAGAGCAAUGCAGGAACAGAAUAUCUAAGCAGAUUCUUCCCCAAUGGCGAAGCUGACAACCAAAGCUUCAAAACAAAUGUACCCAUUAUUACUUAUGAAGAUAUCAAGCCUUACAUCGAUCGGAUUGCUAACGGAGAGACCUCAUCUAUCCUUCUGGCUUAUCGCAUCAUCCAGUUCCUCCUAAGCACUGGUACUUCUGGGGGGCAGCCGAAGUUGAUACCUAUGACAGCUGAAAGUUUUGAGAAAAGGAUGUCCGAUCUUCUUCUGUCUGACCUUGUGACCAGAAAAUGUUUUAGCGGCUCAGAUGAAGGCAAAUCGUUGUACCUAUAUUUUAUCAAACCAGAGAUGGAAACUCCAUCUGGAUUAAAAGCAUCAUUCUUCACAACUUUCUAUUUCAAGACCGAAAGCUUCAAAAAUGGCCUGGCUAAGUUUUGCACAAGUCCUAUCGACACCAUCUUAUGUUUGGACAACAAGCAAAGUAUGUUCUGCCAAUUGCUUACCGGUUUACUACAGCGCGAUGAGGUCGUACGGUUUGGUUCGACCUUUGCAUCGGUUUUGGCAAGGACCAUCAAGUUCUUAGAAGAUUAUUGGAGAGAAUUAUGUUGUAACAUUAGAACAGGUUACAUCAGUGAUUGGAUUAUUGACCCUGGUUGCAAAAAUGCCAUGUCAUUGAUCCUUACUAGGCCAAACCCCAAAUUGGCUGAUUCGAUUCAACAAAUAUUUGAAGAUAAAUCAUGGGAAGGGAUCAUUGUGAAACUUUGGCCUAAAAUCAAGUAUAUCCAUUGCAUCAUUACCGGUUCCAUGAGCCAAUAUGUUUCAUUACUUGAAUUUUAUGGAGGAGGGAUCCCUUUAGUUUCACCAAUUUAUAAUUCUUCGGAAUCUAGUUUUGGGAUCAAUUUAAAACCACUAAGCAAGCCCUUUGAUGUCUCUUACACCUUUCUCCUAAAUACGGCUUACUUUGAAUUCCUCCCUGUGGGUAAAGAUGGUGAAGGGAAGACUCAAGAAACUUGGACCGACGACGAACCGGUCGAUCUUGCGAAUGUGAAGCUUGGUCGAUAUUACGAAGUUGUGGUCACAACUUUGGCUGGUCUAUAUCGAUAUAGAGUCGGAGAUGUUCACAAGGUAACCGGAUUCCGUAAUAAAUCUCCUCAGUUUCAAUUUGUGGAACGACGAAAUGUGGUUUUGAGUAUUGAUGUGGACAAAACAACUGAAGAAGACCUUUCAAAAGCAAUCAUGAAAGCAAAACUCAUCCUCGAACCACUCGGCAUCAUGUUAACCACAUGUAGUAGCUACGCCGACACCUCGUUGACACCAGGUCGAUAUGUAUUAUUUUGGGAGCUGAAGAUGAAAGGCAGAAAUGAUUUACCAAAACUCGAUGCAAAGAUAAUGGAACAAUGCUGCUGUAUAGUGGAAGAAUCCUUUGAUUUUACGUAUAAAUCACAUAGGAAAGGUGGUGCAAUUUCAGCUUUAGAGUUAAGGGUGGUUAAACAUGGAACCUUUGAUGAACUCAUGGAUUUCUAUGUAUCGAAGGGAGUUUCCGUUGCCCAGUACAAGCCACCUAGUUGCCUUAAAUCUGAGGAAGCAGUAAAGAUAUUAAAUUCAGGGAUGGUGGGGAAGUUUUUCAGCCCCAAAACUAUGUUUUAAGCUGGAUAUUGCAGGUAUGGCUUGACAAUACUUAAAAUGUUGUUUUUUGUUAGAUUCAAAACAACCUUUGGAUUAAAUACUAUUUAUAUUUGAAUUAAAUAAUGGAAUACGAUUUAAAUUACAUGCGUUAAUAAA